GCGUGGCAUGCAAAACUUGCUUCCAAAGUUUUAUUCUCUGAUUGGCAGACCUUUCCCUCCUUUCCCUAAAAGACCGUUUGAUUCUUCAAAAUUGCCUUUCCCAUAAUCCCCACCAAAUCCUCCCAAAGCUUGAAGCACAUACACAACACUAAAAACCCAGAAGCUUAAGAGCCUCUCCCUCUCUCCCUCUCUGUGUGGAACCCAUUGCCCAUGUAUAGAUGAUGGAAACUGGAGGAUCCUCAUCUGUUGCUACGAAGAAGGCAACCCUUACACCUAAAGCUAUUAUAUACCAAAAGUUUGGUAGCGAGGCUAGGUACUACAUAGAGGAAGUACAAGAACCUGCUGAAUAUGGGUGCCCAGGAUUGGCCAUCCCACAUAAGGGGCCCUCUCUUUACCGAUGCAGCUUGCAGCUACCAGGGAUUUCUGUUGUCUCAGGAACCUUUAAGAAAAAGAAGGAUGCUGAGCAAUCUGCUGCUGAGAUGGCUAUCGAGAAGCUAGGCAUCCAAAAUUCCACAAAUAGUCUUACUCAGCAGGAAGCGUCAGAUGAACUAGUCGCUCGUGUCAAGUAUUUAUUUUCAAAUGAGUUCCUCCCAAGUCUUCAGCCCCUAAGUGGCCACCUUAGAGCAGCUUUGCAGAGAGAAGGUGAUCUUAAUGGUUUGGUUCCUGUUUCUGUUAUGGCCAUCUGCGAUUCAAAGCUUAGCAAUCUUUGUAAAUUCAUUAAUCCAAAAGUGGAGUCAAAUCCAUUCUUAGUUAUACCAUUAAUUAUGAGGGCGGCAGCAAGAUUAUCUGGCAUUCUUGCUACUUCUGAGGGGCAGCUUUGGAUUCGGAGGCAAAACCCAUACCCUCGUGAGAUAAUGGAGUCUUCAAUUAGCCAACCAUCUGGCUCCCCACAAAGCACUUUGAUUGAAGCUGUAUGUAUUCCAUGUUCAUCGGAGAAGGCUGUUGAAACUGUGACUCUUGAUGUUUCCUCCACUGGGUAUUACCUGGAUGCUAUUUCCAAAAAACUUGGUUUGACUGAUGCUGCUAAUGUUCUGGUCUCCAGGACUGUUGGUAAAACUUCUUCUGAGACAAGACUGUACUUUGCUGCCCACCAGUCGUGCAUGUUGGAUCUGUCAUCUGAUCCUCUAACAGCAAAAGAAGCUAUUCAUCUUGAAGGACCAUUAAAUGAAAGCUUAUCAAAAAAAGGACCAUUAAAUGAAAGGGCAAGUUAUUUCUCUGGUCAUGAUAUAUAUGGUGAUGCAAUUUUGGCAUCAAUUGGAUACACCUGGAAGUCCAAAGACCUUUCCUAUGAAGAUGUAUCUGUGCAAUCAUAUUACAGGAUGCUUAUAAGUAAGAUACCAUGUGGACUUUACAAGUUGUCCAGAGAGGCAGUACUAAUGGCAGAGCUGCCUUUGGCUUUCACUACAAGAACAAAUUGGAGAGGUUCUUACCCAAGAGAUAUCCUGUGUACUUUCUGUCGCCAGCAUAGGCUAUCUGAGCCUGUCUUCUCUACUGAAACUACUCCUAUAAAAGCACCAUCUGAGUCACCAGCAUGUGGCAAGAAGUUGAGGGUUACAGAUUCAACUGAAGAAGAGAUAGAGCAUGAAAAGGGAUGUGCUAGAGAUACUGUUGCCAGGGAAUCUGCAGAAUCAGCUGUCACCUAUCAAUGUGGAGUAAAACUAUUUUCCAAGUGUCAAGAUUUGAUUGUAGAGUGUUUCCCCAAAGAUUCUUUUAAGAAGCAGAAUGAUUCUAUCCAGAACACUUCCUUGAAAGUUCUCUCAUGGUUGAAUGCGUAUUUUAGGGACCUAGAUAUGACUCCAGAGAAGCUAAACAGUACUGCCAAUAGCCUUGAAAUUCGAUUUUGUGAGAAAAACUUUUCUAAGGAGUUUGCGUUGUGUAGAUCAAUUCAUAAUGUUUACCAAAGUGAGACUCAAGGUGCCAAAUUUCUAGAUGAAAACCAUAUUAGUAUGCCAAAUACUUUGCCUGGACAAGGAGUUUUCUCUUUAAACAUUGAUGGUCCAGAUUCUGGUGUAUGCCCCUCCAAUGGGUGCUUGUUAGUUAUUAGUUAUUCGGUAUCUUUGGUGACAGAAAGUGGAUAUAAGAAAGUUCUCGAAAGUAGUGAUGAGUUUGAGUUUGAGAUAGGGGCUGGAGCAGUAAUUCCCCACCUUGAAGCAGUUGUGAUCCAGAUGUCCAUUGGUCAGUCUGCUUGUUUCAAAAUGGACAUGGCCCCUAAAGAGUUUGUUUUAGCUGCUGCUGCUGUUUCUGCAAGGAAUCUUUCAUUGUUAUCUUCAAAAUCCUGCUGCUUGAAGUAUUCUCUAACUUUGUUGCGUGUAACUGAACCUCUGGAGGAAAGAAUGGAACAGGCCCUUUUCAGCCCACCUCUUUCGAAGCAACGUGUUGAAUAUGCCGUGAAACACAUCAGGGAAUCUUGUGCUACUACUCUGGUUGACUUUGGAUGUGGUUCUGGAAGUUUAUUGGAUUCUUUAUUAAAUUAUCCAACCACUUUGGAAAAAAUUGUCGGUAUUGAUAUUUCACAGAAGAGUCUAAGCCGCGCAGCAAAGAUUCUUCAUUCAAAACUAAGCAGGAAUACCGAUGGCAAUGCCCCGAUUGCAUGUGUCAAAUCUACAAUUCUUUAUGAUGGUUCUGUCACAGAUUUUGAUUCUCGAUUAUGCGGAUUUGAUAUUGGCACUUGUUUAGAGGACUUGAGCUUGGCAAGGAAUUUGUAUUUAUGUAGCCUUAGCACCUAAACUCUACAUGUUGCCCAUGUUGUGUUACCGUGUGUGCAUGUUUGGGUGCAUUUUAUGCAGAUGGCAUAUGCUGUUAUCAUGUACAUCACUUGUGACUUUGGCAAUUUAGUAUUGAGGCAAACAAAAAUGAAAAAGAAGAUUAAGAAAGGGAAAAGAUUUAGGUUUUGAAAGUUUUCAUUUUGAUGCUUCUAUGAAAGAAGUUCAAAGUUCAGUUAUUUGCUGCAAAUGUCCUUCCCUACUAAAGGCCGUACUGUUCUGUUUUGAGGCUGUCUCUGGGCUGAAGGUGAAUCUGGAUAAAUCAGAAUUGGUGCCAAUUGGGUCGGUUCCAAACACCCGCCUAUCGGCACGAACGCUGGGUUGUAAGGUUGCUUCUCUUCCUAUGACCUAUCUGGGACUGCCUUUGGGGAGUGCUUCAAGGGCUACUUCUAUAUGGGAUAUGGUGUUUGAGAAAAUUGAGCGGCGACUGACAGGGUGGAAAAGAAUGUACUUGUCUAAAGGCGGUAGGAUCACCUUGAUAAAAAGCACACUAUCUAAUCUACCCACAUAUUUCUUAUCUCUUUUUCCAAUUCCAGCAAGUGUAGCAGUCCGUAUUGAGAAGCUUCAAUGAGAUUUUCUGUGGGGAGGCUUGAGAGAUGAGUUCAAGUUUCACUUGGUCAAGUGGAAACAGGUAUGUAAGUCAAUCCAGGGGGGAGGUUUGGGUGUUAGAAACCUAAGGGUGUUUAAUCGGGCACUAUUAGGCAAAUGGUUAUGGAGAUAUCCCAGAAAACCAAAUGCCCUAUGGAAAAUGGUUAUAGAAAAAAAGUAUGGCGGCUUAUGGGGAGAGUGGAACACGAGAGAAGUAAGGGGGGCUUAUGGAGUUGGGUUGUGGAAAAACAUCAGAAGAAGCUGGGAGGUGUUUAACCGUUUUGUUAAGUUUCAGGUGGGUAUAGGAUCUAGGAUUAAAUUUUGGAGCGAUGUGUGGUGUGAUUGUCGGGCCUUAAAAGAUGUGUAUCCAUCUCUCUUCCAACUGGCGAGUGCAAAUAAUAUUUCAGUGGCGGAUGCUAUGGAGGUGAUGGAGGGACGGAUUGUUUGGAAUAUUCAUUUCGGUAGGGCGCUACAGGAUUGGGAGAUGAAUAGCAUUUCAGAUUUUUACAGGUUUAUAUACUCCAUAAAUCUAGACAGCCAGCAAGAAGAUGUCAUGUGGUGGAAGCCAACAAGAAAAGGUAUUUUCUGGGUUAAAUCUUUCUAUAAGGUUCUCACCUCAGAGUCUACUUCUCUUUUCCCGUGGAGGAAGAUAUGGUGUCACAAUGCACCUCCAAAAGCCUCAUUUUUCGUCUGGACAGCAGUGUUGGGUAAGAUUCUUACCACUGAUAAUCUAAGGAAAAGAAGGAUUAUCAUUGCAGACUAGUGUUGUAUGUGCAAAAGUGGAGGAGAGUCAGUCGAUCACCUUCUGUUACAUUGUGGGGUAGCAAGGACUUUAUGGAACGAGGUGUUUGCUCGCUUGGCAAUGGUAUGGGUGAUGCCAAGAAUGGUUAAGGCAGCCUUGGCUAGUUGGCCAAGCAUAAGAGGAAGGCGGCCGAUUAAAUCUAUGUGGAAGAUGAUUCCGAUUUGCAUCGUGUGGAGUUUGUGGCGGGAGCGCAAUGAACGGACGUUUGAAGACCAGGAAAGAUCUAUAGAGGAGCUUAAACUUUUAUUUUUUUAGAACUCUUUGUAGUUGGGCCAUAGCUGUUGAUUUUAAUGGUAUGGCCCUUCGGGACUUUCUAGCCUCUAAUGCACCCACUUAGGUGGGGCAUUAGAGUUGUAAUUCAGGCGUUGCCAUUCUUGAUUAAUAAAAUUAUUUAUUUAUCAAAAAAAAAAUUAUGGCAUUGUAUUAUUUUAACCAUUUCAUGUUAAUCAAACUAAACACUGCAGAUUGAGUAUUAAAUCUUACCAUAUAUGAUGGAUUCUUUAAGAAAACAUCUAGAAUACAUUUUCUGCUAGUCGCUUAAAUGGGUCAAAAUUAUGUGCAUAAUUGAUCUCAUUUACCCUUACAUGCAUGCAACUUUGAUUAAAAAAUAAAGAGCUUCAUUUAUCCGAGAAACAAAUCUGUUUAUGUGCAUAAACAUCUGCGUUGGAUGUUUUGUUUGUCAAAUUUGUGUUGGAUGAAUGGUGCUUCUCAUAUAUGCUUUAAUUUUGACCUAGAUGACAAUGCUAUUUAUUUCCAAUAUGUGUUUAGUUUUGUCUAUAAUUUUUUCUGCUAUAUAACUAACUCUGAUUGCAUUGAGUUUGACACUAUGGUUCCUUAUAUACCACUCCUUGUAGGUGUUAAAGAAUAUAAUUUAAAUAAUUAAAUUCACCAUUUUCAAUUUUCUAUUAGUUUCAGCUUUUGGGAUAAUUGGUGAUUAAGCAUAUUAUCAUAACAGUGGUCUACAUGCCGUCUAGUCCUGUGUACUUGACUUCGCUUAUUUUAAUAAAUUUGUAUUUAGUGAUAAAAGAAAGCAUUAGAGAAUAUAAUUUAAAUGAUUAAACUCAUCUUGUCCUAUCAAUUUAAGGUGAUUUAACUGCACUAUUUCUCUAUUGCUAAAAGUAUGUACUAGUGGCAUUCAGGGUACCUUAUUUUCGAUGUGAGAAGUAGCAAACAAAUUCUGCCUCUUAUAUAUUGUUACAGUAAAUUGUUAUAUGCUCUGAAGGUUACAGUCUCCUAAAUAAGUGAACUGUUUUCUU